UUUGUCAUCCGUGUAGAAGCGGCUGUUCGCCGUUGCAAUAAUAAUUACGGUAUUUAUAGACAAUAUACGCUGCAUGAUGCUGUCGUUGCAGUACCGUGCAGUGACGCGAUCCUUUCGCACUUGAAAAUAUCCGCGGCACGUUGCGCGCAAUUUCACACUACGAGUUCACAAUAAUAUGAUGUCCUGGCGAGGAUACGGGAAAAUGUCUCGGUCCACCGAGUGAUAUCAUUCGGAUCGUUAUUUCCUGUGAAAGGCACUGGCUGAUAUUUAAAAGCAAUUUGUGUAUGCGUAUCUAUCAGAAACAAUGAUGGAGUUGAGUCAUAGUCUGACCCUCAACGAGGAUGCUCUUAAUCAAAUUCCAGAAGCAAAACGGCCAGUUUUUAUCUUUGAGUGGUUACGCUUCCUGGAUAAAGUCUUGGUCGCUGCUCAGAAGAGUGAUAUUAAAGGAUGCCAGCAAAAACUCGUAGAACAAUUGACCAGACAUAUGCAAGGAGCUCCUGGCCCUCCCACACGACGUCUUAUAGCAAGAUGCCUUGCCACCUUGUUUAGUGUUGGUGAUACAUUCUUGCUUUUUGACACUGUCAACAAGUGCAAUGAUAUUCUGAGAAAUAAAGAUGACUCUCCAAGCUUUCUACCUACAAAACUAGCCGCAAUUUGUUGUGUGGGAUGUAUGUAUGAAAAAUUAGGAAGAAUGAUGGGCAGAUCGUACGAGGAGACAGUGCAAAUUCUGAUAAAGUCUUUACGUUCCGCAGAAUCGCAAACACGGAUAGAGAUUAUGCAUACAUUGGAAAAGGUGUGUGCUGGGAUGGGAUCGGCGAUCACCAACGUGCAUAAAGAGAUAUACAAGGUUUCCAGGCAUUAUCUGACUGACAGAGUCAUGGCAGUGAGAUGUGCCGCAGCCAAGUGUUUGUUGGAAAUGUUGAAUCACGCCCCAUUUUUAUACACGACCGAGAUCGAAAGCGUAGCGACACUGUGCUUUCGGGCAUUCGAAGGUUCCAAUUACGAGGUGAGAUGUUCUGUCGCUAAAUUGCUGGGUACCUUGGUGGCGAUGACGCAACUUCCCUCGCCCAAGAUCAAAAAUCUUACGGUCGCGCACAACAAAGGCGCCAAACAGACGUCUCUCGAAGAAGUAUUAAAUAUUUUGAUGUCCGGCUUUCUGAGAGGUGGCGUCGGCUUCCUGAAAGGAACCGGCGAAAUAAUCAAAGGGAGCUCCGGCGUAAAUCGAGAAGUUCGAGUCGGAGUGACACACGCUUACGUGGUGUUCGUGCAAAUGUUGGGGGGUACUUGGCUGGAGCGGAACAUCGGCGCGUUAGUCGCGCACGUUCUCGACCUGGUGACGAACCCGAAAGCUGCCAACUCGCACGUCGAGGCGGUGUAUUCGCGCAAAUGCGUGAAUUUCAUAUUGCGCGGCACCGUCGGCAAAUUGUUGGGUGAAGGCGCUCAAGCCGCCGCCUGCAAGGAGAUAGCACAUAUUAUUUUAAAGCAGAUGAAUUCCAUCGAUUUCAGCCCUGAGAACGCUAAGGACUGCAAUCAAGAGACGCUGUUUAGUCAGCACUUGUUAGUCUGCGCUUUGCAAGAGAUGGGUAAUUUGAUACUGGGAUUAGGCACCACAGCCACGAAUUUAUUGUCCGAUCAGUCUCUGAGUUUAAUCGAUACUAUAAUGGCCGUCUUGGUACAUCCGUGUCAAGCGGCUAGGUUGGCUGCCUCUUGGUGCUUACGAUGCAUAUGUGUGGCAGUGCCGAGUCAGAUAACACCUUUGAUCGACCGUUGCGUCGACGGGAUUGAGAAUAUGCGUAGCUCGCCAGAAGCGAUAGCGGGCUACAGCAGCGCUCUCGCUGCAGUGCUGGGAAGCGUUCGUUUGUCCCCUCUGGGGGUCCCUCACACUAAGGGAAAGAUCAUUUUCAAUACAGCGGAAGAACUGCUCAGAAGCGCGAGCCAAAACAGCCGUUUGUCUUUGAAUCGCACGCAUGCAGGAUGGCUCUUAAUAGGAGCGAUAAUGACUCUAGGUACCGCGGUGGUCAAGGGCUUAUUACCGAGGAUGUUGCUCUUGUGGAGAAACUCUUUCCCGCGUUCGAACAAGGAGCUCGAGAGCGAGAAGGCGCGGGGCGACGCUUUCACGUGGCAAGUCACUCUGGAAGGACGCGCUGGCGCACUUUCCGCUAUGUACAGCUUCCUACUGCAUUGUCCGGAGCUUUUGAACGACGAUAUUACACGGCGAUUGCUCACACCGAUCGAGUCUGCCCUGGCGAUGCUGACAAAUCUGUCGCCCGUUUUGAAGAAUUAUGGCCAACAGUUGAAAGCUCCCGCGGCUAUGGUCCGUUUGCGCUUGUACGAAACGCUAUUGCUGUUACCACCACAAACGUUUGAAGGUUCUUACACGCAUCUUCUGAGGAUGCUGGUGUCCGAGUUCACGCUCACCGAUAACCCCGGAAACACGACUACUUCUUUGUUACGUGUUGUUUGCCACGCCAAUGAUUCCGUGAUUCUUGGAACAUGGCUUCAGGAGACUGAUCAUCGUACGAUCGAGGAUCAAAUGGAACCAAACAGAAGGGCAGAUUUGGAACAUCUUCAACCAAACAGUGCUGCGGGAUCCGGUGCAUUGGAGCAUAAUACGUGCUGCCUCUACAGACCUAUAUCACAUAUUGAAAUAAUACCUGGUCCGUUGCCGUUGGGCGUAGCGGUGAUCGACUUGUCAGUCACGUUAUUCGGUCAGAUCUUCCCGCGUGUAGCGAACAAACACAGACUGCAGAUGCUGGACCACUUCAGCGAGUGCAUAAAGCACACCAAGUCCGGCAGACAGGAGGCGAUACAGAUGAAUGUGUUCACGGCUGUGUUGAGCGGUCUGAAGGGUCUCAACGAGGCGAAGACAGGCUUCGGGCAGGAAGACGUCAAAAAGUCUGCAACUAAUCUCAUCAUUAGCACAUUGGUAAGCGGUAAUCCUAUUCUACGAUGGGCCGCGGGAGAAGCGGUUGGCAGAAUGGCGCAGGUGAUCUCCGAUCCGAAAUUCACCGCGGAAUUGGCGCAGACCAGCUUCGAUCGUUUGAAGUCGGCGCGCGAUGUCGCCAGCAGGACCGGCCACUCGUUGGCGUUGGGCUGUUUGCACAAGUACGUCGGCGGAAUGGGUUCCAGCCAACACCUCAACACCAGCGUCAGCAUCCUGCUCGCUCUCGCGCAGGAUAACUCGUCUCCCGUAGUACAAGUCUGGGCACUUCAUGCUCUGGCUCUGAUAGCCGAUUCCGGUGGACCGAUGUUCAGGGGCUACGUAGAACCUACGUUAUCCUUGGCACUGACUCUCCUCCUCAAUGUUCCUCAUUCGUACAUCGACGUGCACCAAUGCAUCGGCAAGGUCUUAUCGGCGCUCAUCACGACGAUAGGACCGGAAUUACAAGGUAACACAUCGACGAUCUGUAUGGCGCGAUCGUCUUUCUUGUGCGCGUGCGCCAUUAUGCAGGACCAUCAGGAUCCACUUGUUCAAGCGGAAGCAACCGGUUGCCUCCAGCAGUUGCAUCUCUUCGCGCCAAGACACGUCAAUCUGUCUUCCCUCGUUCCUACGUUAUGUCGCACACUAUCGAGCAAUCACUUGCUCCUGCGUAAGGCGGCGAUAUCGUGCUUGCGACAGCUCGCUCAGCGCGAGGCGAAGGAAGUGUGCGAGCACGCGAUGACAUUAGCGAACGAAAGUCGGGACACCAAUGUAGUGGAGGGUCUCGUUAUCACGGAGACCGGGCUUCCGGGUGUUCUCUUCAGCAUGCUCGAUACGGAAACCGAUAGCAAACUGAUCAGAGAUAUUCACGAUACUCUGACCAGCAUGCUGCAGAUAUUGGCUGCCGACAAUCUGUCUCAAUGGUUAUCAUUGUGUAAAGAUGUUCUCACAAUAGCUUCGGGUAAGUCCUCACUUUGCAACACAUCGGCUUGUCUUUACGAUGAUAAGAUAUUUCUUCGGCGAGUAGAAUCGAGUACGAUCGAGGAGGGCAACGCGGCGAAUGUGGAAGAUAGCACCGCUGACAAUGAGAAUGCGGAUGCGGAAGGCGACGACGAUCAGGCCGAGUUCCACGCCGACGAAUCCGCGAAGCAGCGGCCGUCCAUUACGCCGAGAUGGCCAACUAGAGUUUUCGCGGCGCAAUGUGUCCGACGCAUCGUCGCAGCUUGCGUGAAUAACAAGCAGGCGCAUUUCGAUCUCGCUUUGGCCAAAGAGAUGCAGCUGUCCAAAGGGAAAGGGGACUUUCUGGUGUUACAUCUCUCGGACUUGGUACGCAUGGCGUUCAUGGCCGCGACGAGCGAUUGCGAUCCGCUGCGGCUCGAAGGUCUUAAAACUCUGCAGGAGAUCAUCGACAAAUUCGCCAAAGUUCCCGAGCCGGAGUUUCCCGGGCAUUUGCUGCUCGAGCAGUUUCAAGCACAGGUCGGAGCUGCUUUGAGACCGGCAUUUUCCGCGGAGACUCCGUCGCACGUGACGGCUGCAGCCUGUGAAGCUUGCAGCGCGUGGAUCGGUAGUGGCGUCGCCAGGGAUCUGAAUGACCUUCGUAGGGUGCAUCAGCUGCUCGUGUCUUCCUUGGAGAAAUUGAGGGAGGGCAACGCGCGGCCGCAGCUUUACAACGAGAGUCUAUCGACGCUAGAGAGAUUGGCGAUCCUAAAAGCUUGGGCAGAGGUAUACGUAGUCGCUAUGAUAAGAGACGGAUCCGCGUUGAACAGUAAAGAUACGAUUAAUCGAAAUGCGAAUCAAACGAACGACGAAGCGAACGAAGAAGAUUUCGGAGAGUUCGAGUUCCAGAGUGAGAGCUUGCUGAGCCUCGUCCAGCCGGAGCUGUUGAGUCUCAGUCAACAUUGGCUGUCCGCGUUAAGGGAUCAUGCGUUGCUCUCUUUACCACCCGAAUUCUCCAGUCAGUUGCCGCACGACGGUGGGGCCUUUUACACGACGGACACGAUGGAGUCCGCGCGUCCUCAUUACGUAGAAUCGUGGGCGCCGAUUCUCCACGCCGCGACGCUCUGGCUGAAUGCGAGAGGAUUCGAGAUGGGGGACAGUGAUCAGGAGAAAGCGACUAAUGUUACCAACAACAAUCAUAAUAACAACAAUGACGACGCCACUUCCAAAACUAACACGAAUGUUGAACGUUUUCAUUUAUUAUUUGGUAUAUGCAUGGAGGCUUUGUGCAGUCCUCGCUCUUCCGAAUCCCCGCAAAAUAUAGAGACGUGUUUGAAUGCUUUGUACACUCUGCUCGACUCGACGUGGGCGCGCAAAGUCUUCGUCACAGACCGUUCGUUACCCAUCGAAUUGUGCAAUGUUCUUCACAGAUUACUUCUAACACGGGAGAGCUACGUCAUCCAAAUGAUAGCGAUGGAGGUGUUGAAGCAAGUGAUGAAAGCAGCGCAGGAGGACCUCGCUACCAAAAAGAAGCUCAAAGACGACACACCGACGCAACAGGAAAGCAACGAAACAUUGGAGCUGGAUCUGUUGGGCGAGGGAGAGGAAAACGGUGAGCUCAUGCCAGGCAAAUCGCUGGUGUUCGCCGUCUUGGAAGUAUGCCUGUGUCUCUUGGUGCGGCAGAUACCGGCGUUAAACCCGAACCCCGGCGGUGCUACCGCCAUCUUGUCUCAGAAGGGAUACAUGCCGUCCGAGGAGAGCGGCAAGCUGAUCGCGUUGUCCCUCAAUAUAAUGGAGUCUCUUCCUACCUUGUGUUCUCCGCAAGGUGCGGUGGCAAUUCUUCCGACGUUGUUGUACUUGGCGACGGGUGUGAUACGAGAGACCGCAGUGCGUACGGACAACGACAUCGCCAAGACCGGUGCAGAAGCGCCUAUCCAUGCCGCGUUGCACUGCGUGAAAAGUCUCACCACCAACAAGUACGCUAAGGAUCACAGGAGUCGGGAACAAUGGACGGGAUUGUUGCAAAGCGCGCUUGCUAAGAUCAUCGAUCUGGCUAAAACAGCAGGGAACGACGAGACCAAAAUGGACGAAGUGGCUAUGAUGUUGGGUAUCGCGGUGUUCGUGCUCCAUGCGUCGCCGGAGGUGGUGAGUGCUCCGAAUUUGCAGUUUCCAUGCAUCAAUCAUUUCCGUCAUGCGUUCCAGUCCGAGAACAUAACGGUGAAGCUGAAAUGCGUGCAAACGUUAAGAACGAUAUUCCUGCAUCCGGAGCGCAACAUAAGUACCCCGUACAUCCACGCUCUCGCACCGCGACUGGUGGAGUACCUGUACAGCGAUAAGAGCAAGCAUGUGACUAGCGAUAUGGAGUUGACAUUUACCUUGGAGUGUGUUAGCACGGUGGAGGCUCUCAUAGGACUCGCCGAUCUUCCUAAUCGAGAUCUGUUGCAAGGUAUUCAAAUGCUGACUCUACUUGUGCCAAUUUUAAUCAAUUACUUGCUGGAGGGCGACGAGCUUCAGCGCGCUACCAAGUAUCAAGCGAGCCUCCAUCAGCAGAGUUUUCAGUGGCUCAACAAGAUCGGGCCGAAAUAUCCGCAGGAAUUUAAAACGCUGAUGUCACAAUCCAGCGAGCUGAAAACCAAAUUAGAAAACGCCGUGAGAUCCAGCCAUCAGCAAGCUCAGCGGCUUAGUCGACAGGUCGAUCCUGUGAAGCCGCAGAUCAAGAUAUCCGCACCGUCGAUUAAACUGAAGACCGACUUCUCUAACUUCAAUUAGAAAGAAAGAGAGAGAGGGAGAGAUAAAGAUAUUAGAAAUAAUAAUAAAGCGCGUUUAUGUUCACCUAACUGACUUGACACAAUGAUUAUCGGUAAAUUAAAUCGAGUUAAUCGCUC